CCCUUACUUCUUUCAUUCGUAUUGAACAACCCAUCGUGUAGAGGGCGGAGGACUGAAGCAUUUAGCAAUGGCGCCCAGAGCAGAGAAAAAGCCAGCCGAGAAAAAACCAGUGGAAAAGGUUGUGGAGGAGAAAAAAGUUGCAGAGAAAGCUCCCAAGCCCAAGGCAGAAAAGAAGCUCCCCAAGGGAGGAGGAGAAACGAAGAAGAAAAAGAAGGCUAAGCGCAAUGUGGAAACGUACAAGAUCUAUAUUUUUAAGGUGCUGAAGCAGGUGCAUCCGGAUAUUGGAAUUUCCAGUAAGGCUAUGGGCAUUAUGAACUCUUUUAUCAAUGAUAUUUUUGAGAAGCUUGCUCAGGAGGCUUCUAAGCUGGCGAGGUACAACAAGAAGCCUACUAUUACUUCUAGAGAGAUCCAGACAGCUGUGCGUCUUGUCUUGCCUGGUGAGCUUGCCAAGCAUGCCGUUUCUGAGGGCACAAAGGCUGUUACUAAGUUUACCAGCACUUGAGAGGGUUCGGCCUCAAAUGCCGCUUUUUGUUGGCCUUGUAAAUUGUUUUGACUAUUUGGCAGGCUUUAUGGUAAUGUUUGGUAUUUUCUGACUUAUGUAAUGAGAGGCUCUGGUCUAUUUUGACCUGUUCUUGCCCCUCUUUUCUUUUUGCCCUGUAAAAAAAUAACUUAUUUCUAAAUAUUGUUGCCUUCUCUGA